GAUCCGUCACUGUGCAAUAAUCAGAAUUUUCCUAAAUAUAAACGUGUGUCGUGAGUCAAUGGCUGUAGUGUGAUUACUAGAGCGACAUGAUACAGUUGUUAGUAUUGCUAGUAAUGGCGGCGGCGUCGGACGCGCAUCGCCAACAUGGCGGAGCGCCAUCUACUGACGGGCCGCUAACAACGUCGCCGUCGGGCACUUUCCGAGGAUCAUGGAUGACCACGCGCAAGGGGCAGCGCAUAGAGGCCUACAGGGGCGUGAGGUACGCUGAACCGCCCGUGGGAGAGCUUAGGUUUAAGCCACCGCGACUGAUCACACAGUACAAAGAUGUAGUAGACGCGACGCAGGAGGGACCUGCAUGCCCUCAACCGGUACAGAAUGACUACCCUGUCGACGAGGACUGUUUGAGGCUGAACGUGUACACACACGGGCAUAAGGGCAAACUCCUGCCAGUGAUAAUGUACAUGCACGCGGGCGGGUUCUACUCGGUGUCGGGCCGCAGCGACGUGGCCGGCCCGGACUACCUCCUGGAUAGAGACGUGGUGCUCGUGACCAUCAACUACAGACUCGGCUCUCUUGGAUUCUUGAGUACGGGGGACAAACAAGCGCCAGGCAACAAUGGUUUCAAGGACCAGGUGAUGGCGAUGCGCUGGAUACAGAGGAACAUCGCCGCAUUCGGAGGCGAUCCCAACCUGGUCACCAUCACUGGGUACAGUGCUGGCUCCUUCAGCGUGUUCCUUCACAUGGUCUCACCCAUGUCUAAAGGUCUGUUCCACCGCGCGAUAUCCAUGAGCGGGUCCCCGGUGUCGCAGAUCGUGAUCCCUGAGCACCAGCGCCACCUCGCGGAGAGACAAGCGCGUCUGCUCGGAGUCUCCACCGACUCCUCCAAAGCUAUUGUCGACGGACUGAAAACUAAGACUGCUAAGGAACUUGGAGACUCGCUGCUUGGCAUGUUUGAGUUUCGCUACGAUCCUGUGCUGUUAUGGAUCCCAGUGGUGGAGAAGGAUUUUGGGCAGGAACGGUUCUUGACCAUGCAGCCGUUGGAUGCUAUCCGCCUGGGGAAGAUGCAUGCUGUUCCUUAUAUCAUUAGCCAAACUAGGGAUGAGUUCUUCAAGAAGGCUUUUUAUGUUCUCCGAAACGAAACGCUUCUCAAAACCAUGAACGAGGAAUGGUACCGCAUCGCUCCGAUCUCUUUCUAUCUGAGCCCCAACACAGCGAGGCACGCGGCUGACCGACUUAAGGAAGCUUAUCUAGGUGGGAAGGAACUGGUGAAUGACACCAAGACUGCAGACGGCCUUGGGAAGCUGUAUAGUGAUGCCAUCAUUGGAUUUGGGGUUCAUAGAUUGGUGAAUCUGAUGGCCCGCUAUUCUCCCAAGCCUGUGUAUUACUACAAGUUCAGCUACAUCGGCGAUCAAAGCCAUUAUGUAGAUCCCGACACCAAGAAACCAGUCGGAGCGGCGCACCACGACGACCUGAUCUACCUAUUCGGAGUGACCGCGUCGUUCUCUCUCAUCGCGCCCUCCGACAGCGAAGACUCCAAGCUGGUUGACAAGAUGACCGCCAUUUGGUACAAUUUCGCACGCUACGGAGACCCGAACCCCAAGGGCGACACUCCAGAGAUCUCAGCCCUCUCGUGGCCAGUUAUAAAGCCUGACUCCAGGAAAUAUCUUCGUAUUGAAAAAGACUUUUCGGUACACGCAAAUCUGUUCGAAGAUCGGUUCAAAGUUUGGGAAGAACUUUACCCGCUACCGAAUUAAUAUGAUUUGAAAUUAAGAAAGAAUAAUUGAUAUGAAAUUGAAUUACCUAUUUGUAAUCAAAAAACAUAUUUGUCUUUGCCAAAAUUGAUAUGAUUAUUUACAUUACGCAUAUACAGGCUGUUGGAAUUAUUGUGAAUUUGUUUCGCCUAAUUUCUGAUAGGACUGUACCAUUAUAAUUCUCUUUGGGCUUUUUGUUGACACUUAUACUGACAGGUAGCUGACAAUAUAAGGAGUAUCUUAAGCUCAGAACAAUGACAAGCAAUCUUAAGCUAUUUUUAAGUAUGAUUUUUUUUAAUAUUCAGCCUCAUAGAGUCUGUAAUCAAACUGAACAAAUAAAUUCAAAUAAAAUUAAGAAAUCGUAUAGGUAAGUAAUUAUUAUAAAAAAACUUUUUGUAUUGAAUAAAAUAAUAAAGUAAAA